AUGGACUUCUUUAAGAACACCCUCGACUUACUCAAGCGAGAUGAUAACAGGUCGCUGUUGUUUGCAUCGGGUCGGCUCACCUCUUCCUUCUCACCGACAUCCUCUCAUAAAAGUUCCUCUCCAGGCGUGAUGAGCACUGGGAGUGAUAGAGGAGGCACAGAAUACUCUCUAUCGACCAAUCUACAACAACCACUGCAGCAUCAACAGCAACCACCUCCUGUCAAUGCUUCUCCUGCUGCCAUCACCACCUCCACGAAUGGAAGUGUCAAUCAUCAGAACGGUAACCUUUCGUCAACAACGACAACCAUAUUACAACAACAACCACAAACACCAAUCAAUGGUAAAAGUGGUGUUGUUGGAAAUAUGAACAUGUCACCUCCACAAGGCACAAACGUCAUUGUAAAUAAUAAUUUAACAACAAAUGGUUCAUCAACGCCCCAUCAAGUUGUAGCUGCUCUUCACACAGUCAACUCCUCUUCAACUAAUAUCUCAAAUGGUUCAAAUCCCAAUUCACCAAUUGGUCCCUUCCCUAAUACAAGUGAACAGGAAUUACUCAAAUUGCUAGAAAAACAACGUCAAUUACGCAAAAAGAGGCCACCUCAACAACCACAACAACAGCCAAUGACUUCUUCCAUUCUUCCCACCACUAAUGUACCUAUGUCUAGUUCCACUCCUUUUCCAUCUGUUAGUCAGAAUGCUUCAACAAAUAUUAAGCCUGUGACAGCUGCCAAUCCUGCCGUGAAAAGAAAGAUUGGAGGCGGAGGUAUGAUCCAAUCCGUCUCAAUGCCAAGUAAUCCACCUGGAAUACCAGCAACCAAACCUCCUCCAAAGAAGAUUAAAACUACAGACACACGUUGA